UUAUUGUUGCUUUGGACUGACGUCGCGCGUUGCGUGCACUCUCUUCUCUCGAAAGUUGAUCAUCGCAUACCACCUAACGCAGCCACACAGAGCCAGCAAGCACACACAAUAGAUUUGGAUUUUGGAGUUUUGACCAUCUUUAUGAUCAUCAUUCAUUCAUCUCCCUUAACCUCAAUCCCACAAAUCACCAGAUUCAUAAAUAGAAACAAAAACAUCAAGCUCCGUGUAGCAUAGGUUGUGUCACCACAUGUUAUUUCUUUGUUCCAAAGGCAUGAAGCUUGUUGGUGUGAUGCUACCCUUGAUGUUUGCACUGUUUCCAUGCAUGAGUUCGGCUGCGCCUGCUCCAUCCGCAUCCACGUGCCCUAUGGACCUCAAUUAUGUGCUGAGAAUUCCGUGGAACACUUCUGCUUGCCACAACUUCCAACAAUCAUUGGCAUCAAAAAAUGGAACAGAUGCAAACAAUUGUUGCAUAUCCCUCUUGUCCCUCUUUGGCAUAGGACUUGCACAGCACCUCAAAGAGACUUCUCAGUUCCAACUCCCCAACCUUGCCACCUCCGUUUCAUGCAUCCAAGACUUCCAAUCCAAGCUCUCUUCCCUCUCUCUCCCCAAAAACCUUGCCGAGUCAUGCUUUGACCCUCUUCAGUUUGUCAUCUCCCCCAACAUAUGUGCUGGGAUUCAGACCAUCAAUGAUUGGAACAAAAAGCUUGGCCAGUCCACACCUCUCCAAACUGCUUGCAGACCAGAUCUCAGUGAUCUCUCCCAAUGUGAUGUGUGUCUGGGAGCAGGGCUACAGGUCAAGCAGGAGCUUAUUUCCAUUGAUGGUAAUUCUUCACAUUCCAUUGAUUGUUUCUACUUUGCCAUUCUCUAUGCUGCUGGGAUUGUGAAUGAGUUUGGACCUGAAAGCAAUGGUGCUGUCACUUGCAUUUUUAGCAUAUCGGUUUAUUCACAAGGGGGGUCUGGGGGAAAGGGUCACCAGGCUCUUGUGUUUGGCUUGACAGGAGCUGGGGUUGCUUUGUUGGUGAUGUCUUCUUUGUUGGGGUUAUAUGUGUGGUAUGACAAGAAGCAUAGGAGGAAAAAGCUCGAGACUUUUGAUCAAUUUGAUUUUGACCCUGAGGAACAAGGGUCUAGGCCUAGGUUGAGACCCAAUACAGGGUCUAUUUGGUUCAAGAUUGAGGAACUUGAGAAGGCUACUGAUAAAUUUUCAUCCAAGAACUUCAUUGGGAGAGGUGGAUUUGGGUUGGUGUUCAAGGGAACCCUGUCUGAUGGGACUGUGGUGGCGGUUAAAAGGAUCUUGGAAUCUGAUUUUCAAGGGGAUGUUGAGUUUUGUAAUGAGGUAGAGAUUAUUAGUAACCUGAAGCACAGGAAUCUGGUGCCUCUUAGGGGUUGUUGUGUGGCUGAGGAGAGUGAGAAAUAUGAUGAAAGGGGAAGCCAAAGGUAUCUUGUGUAUGAUUACAUGCCAAAUGGGAACUUGGAGGAUCAUCUCUUUGUGUCAAUGGAAUCUCAGAAAGCAAAAGGGUCAUUGACUUGGCCUCAGAGGAAAAGCAUUAUCUUGGAUGUGGCUAAGGGGUUGGCCUAUUUGCACUAUGGAGUUAAACCUGCAAUUUACCACAGGGAUAUCAAAGCCACUAAUAUACUACUUGAUUCAGAUAUGAGAGCUAGAGUUGCUGAUUUUGGACUUGCUAAACAAAGUAGGGAGGGUCAGUCUCAUCUCACUACUAGAGUGGCUGGAACUCAUGGAUAUUUAGCCCCGGAAUAUGCACUCUAUGGUCAACUAACUGAGAAAAGUGAUGUCUAUAGCUUUGGUGUGGUUGUUUUGGAGAUAAUGUGUGGAAGAAAGGCUCUUGAUUUGUCUUCAUCAGGAUCACCAAGGGCAUUCUUGAUCACAGAUUGGGCUUGGUCAUUGGUGAAGGCUGGGAAGAUAGAGGAGGCAUUGGAUGGUUCCUUGGUGAAGGAUGAAAACUUUCCUAGCUCAAAUCCUAAGAGCAUAAUGGAGAGGUUUUUGCUGGUGGGAAUUCUGUGCUCCCAUGUGAUGGUUGCUUUGAGGCCAACAAUUGCCGAUGCUUUGAAGAUGUUGGAGGGUGAUAUUGAGGUUCCUCAAAUCCCAGAUCGGCCUAUGCCUUUAGGCCAUCCUUCUUUUUAUAAUGAUGGAAGUACUUUUAGCAUAUCUCCAGCAUUAAGCGGCCCCAAAUUGCAAACUGGAGACAUGCUCAGGUAAUGAAGAAGUUCCCUUGUAUUGCUUAAAAUGUAAAAAAAAAAAAUGGAAGGUGUUUCAAUUCUAAGGCUUGCCACAUGUCAAAUUAUACAUGUUUGGUAACACCACUUCAGUUCAUUUGAGGUUAAUUAACUGAUAAGUGUGAGACAAAUAAAUUUCCUCCCAUCAACUGCUCUCAAGAUCUCAAGAUUGAAGCUAGCAAUGACUUUAGGACAGAUCUUAUUUGCCUCAACAAAUGCCAACAAGGAAGAAAAUUAGCAGUUAGCAGGGCAUCAUUAUAAUCCAAGGAAGAUAAGGAUCCCUUAAAUAGCUAAACGUAGGAGUUUAGGACAUAAGAAAAAUGUCUUGUAAAAAGAAGGUUGCAUUUUUCAUUAUUUUCUUGUAAAACGAAGUCACAAAUAAAGACUCCUGUAUAUAAAGGGAAAUGUUACUUUUUUACAAA